AUGCCACCAAAACAGCGCCAAACAGACCAACCGACCCGCGACCGCAACCUCUUCCUCUCCAUCGAACUCAAGGUCCGUCGAGCCCGAGCGGAGAUCGCACAACAGCCCUUCGACCAAGACGCCGAAGACCAGCGUCUGAGCCUCGUAUGGGACGGUCUGAAAGAAGAAGACAAAACUCUGCUCGCUGCACAGUACAGGAAAUACCUAGGCGCCGUAACGACUGCGCAAGCCGCCAUUGAUCGGGGUGAUGCUGCACUAGUGCAGGAACCGCGAUUACUUGGCUCAGAGGCCAAGGGGUGGAGGUACGAUGACAGCCAACCUCAGGAAAUGGAAGUCUUGCAGACCCGCCUCGGAGUGUUUAGAGAGGCUAGGGCUGAGACGAAGCUCAUGAGGAUCGAGAUGGGGAAUGUUGUUGCUACUUUGCAGGACUUGGUAUCUGCGUACGAGGAUCUGGCGUCGAGUCUGCAAUGGGCUGAGGAGGAGCUCGCGGCGUUGAGGCAGAAGCUGAGGAGCUGGAGACAGGCGAUUGAUCGGCAUAGCUCUGAUGCAGGCACAUGGGUCGGUGGAUGGCGAGUCGGCGCAGGCAAUUUUGGCGCAGCGGAUCUAUAG